AUGGCUGGGGUAACGGAGAACUUCCUUCUUGAUAAGCUCGACCAAGCUUUCGAAGACACCAAAUCCACAGAACAUUUUCUGUUCUCGGUCUUGUUUGAUGUGCAGUCAGACUUCAGAAAGUUGAAGGAAAAGCUUCAGCCAAAUGCCGGAAUCUCCCCAGCUCAACGCAAGGAGAAUCUUUACUACCUCAAUAAUCUGCUAAGUGAGUGGCAGCUGUUAUUAAGAAGUCAGAGUAUAUACAGUCCUGAGGGACUAAAUUCAGCCUAUAAACUCAGUAAGAGGGUCAAGAAAAUCAAGAAAGAUCUAAAAAUUGUGGCCAGUGGAGCAGCGACGGCAGAUGCCGCUGAUUUGAGCGCACAGAAAAAUUUGGACACUUACCGAUGGAGCUCCCGGACAGUUGAUCCGAGCAAAGUUUAUGGACUGGGUGACAAAGAGAGGUUCUUGGAGAGAAUGCUGCCUGAGGAUGAUGAGGACAAGAGAAAAGAGGUGAUUAAAAGAAUGCUAAUGUGCUUGGGGGUGGAUGAUGAUAUCAUUGAAAAAGCUGGAGAAGACGUGAAUUUUGGGAUCGAAAGACUAAUCUUUGCGCUUCGAUUACAGCUGAAGGGCAAUAAGUACUUAAUUGUGCUGGAUGAUGCUUGGAACUCAGACAAGUGUUUCGAAGACUUGCAUUCUGACUCAUUGCAGGAUGAGAGCAGCUAUGAAAAGCUUGCAUAUGGACUGCCCAAAGGACAUGGUGGGACAGUGGUGAUUACAACUCGGUCCAAGGAAAUCGCAGCGAAAAUGGUUGGUGAAGAGAACUUGCAUCAACUCCCAAUCCUCAAGGACAGAGAAAGCUGCUGGAAAAUCUUCAAAGAUUCAGUUGAAUUAGGUGGAAGAAGCGAGUUUCCAGAAGAGCUGACGCCCCUAAAAGACCUGAUUGUGGACAAAUGUGCUGGCUUGCCAUUGGCUGCCAAGAUGAUGGGGGAAAUUAUGCAUCAGCAGCUCCUGCAAAACCCAAUUCAAAACCAAAUUCAGCAGAACCGAAACCAGCAGCAAUCACAACACUCCACUGUUUAG